GAAGUCAGAACAAACCGGAACGAAUGGAAAAAGAAGAUCUCUUGCAGUAGCUUUGUAACCAAUUCCGUCAACAGAUUUUCUGCCAAACGCUAUCGAUAAAGGAGCUAUAUCCCACUUCGCUGAAUUGUCAUACCAGGCAUGAGUUUACCGAGCCACAGUUCGAACUCAUACACGCGACGCCACCUGUUCUUAAUUUAUCUGAUAUUAUUGUGGAUAUUUAUUUUUUGGACCGUAACUAUGCCUGGAUAUUUUGCACGUCCCCACAACAGCUUUUUACCCUUCAGCGUCCUGAUGAUCUGUCAAGAUUAAACCAUAUUUUACCAUUUGCUUCGCCGACUGAUUCAUGAGAACUCUCGGUUCUUCCAAGUCCUCGUAGAGGUUUAAUGAGAUGUUUUGACUGACAAUCAUGAACGUCGAGGAACUGGAAACCUUAUCUCUAAGUACCGAUAAUUUGUUAUUUCUGCCAUUAUCGAUAAAGCAAUUAAAGAACUUUGAGUACCCAGUGAGAGUGGGUAACACUUGAUUUCUGCACUUAAACUAAACAAGGUAAUUUACAGACCCGAAUAAAUUAAAAAUUAUGUUUGUGCUUGCACACCGUGCAAUUUUUUUAAAAACUUGAAAAAAAAAGUUAUCGUAUUUUAUUUCACUGAUUUAAAAGUCAUCGUAAUAACAUAAUCAGAAAACAUAAAAAAAAAAACAUGUACAUUGAGCAGUGUGUGAAACGUUAUAAUUAUUAUUUCCGUUUGUGGUUUUUUCUAAUUAUUUACUCCUGCCCUGAAUAGAAUGCUUUUGUAUAAACCUUUACAUUUGCACAUUAUUCCUCCACUACAUCCUUGGAGUCUAAGACUAUAUUAUAAAUCUGUGGAUUUAAAGGGUUAUGUAUUAUCUUAGUAGAAAAAUUUUUAUAAUUUUUAUAUUGUAUAAAAAUUAUACUGCAUUUUCACUAAAACCUUUCCCUUAAUUAGAUAAUGUGUCAUCCUGUCUGUUGUAAAGAUAGGGUGAGAAUUGUUGAUGGAAAUGCUUAUAAAAUGGUAUUGUUAAUUUGUAAAUAAUUUAAAUAGUAGCAUUUUUUUCCUAUACAUGUACUUGAUAAUCAUCAAGAUUUUUGUAAGCUCUGGGGCCUUAGGAAACUAUUAUUUUUGUCUUGUCAAGGUCCUUGAAAGAAUCAAAGAGUGUUUCUAUCUUUAGAGUUUCUUUUAUAGACAUGAGCUAAUCAAGUCAUGUUUUAGUGCACAGACAUUUAAGGGUGUAUAGCAUGCAAAACCAAUUUUUUGUUAUCAUUAUUUGCAAAUAAUAUCAUCAUUACAGAAACAUGCCCUUUGAUAAUUGUUGCCUAUGAAAAGUGGGUACUCCAUUAAGGCUUUGCAAGCAAAAAUGAGGUUUCAAAGGCUACACCAUGUACCACUGUUUUCGGUCUCUUAUGAACUUUAUAGUGACUAACAAUUAUUUUCACACUUUCCAGAAAAGAAACAAUGCAGGAACAAUACAAGUAGAUUACCAUUGUUUAAGGUGUUGGAAUGUUUGCCAUUUCUUCAGAAAAGAAAAUAUUUAUGCAAAAGAGGCAUUUUUUUUUUUUUGCAACCACGCUUAAAUUAAAGCAUCCCAAAUUAGGUAGUCUUCUUUAAUCAACUCGAUGGCAAAACAGCUAAUAAGAAACCAAAACUCCUCUUCACAAAAAUCAGUCAAUGAAUAAGAUUGAAUAAAAUGUUUAGAAGCAUUUAUUACGAUCAGAAGCGGUAGAUGUGUAGUUGUUUUCUUAAGACAGAUUAGACGGCUGUUCAGGUUUGGUGAUUAAAUACAGUGUUCUCACCAGGAUUUUGCUUGAGGAGUCCCAGGCCCCCCUCUUCUGAGAAGUAGGGGCCCUGUAAGAACAUUAGGGGAACAAAGUUACAAAAAACACGGGCACGUAAGAACCUGAGCCCGCACUCCAAAUUGUCUGUUACAUGAAGUACCCACCUGAUCCAAUAUGGCGGAAGAGGUGUUUUACGACGAGGAGGAGGAGUUUACAAUGUAGUGGGACGAUGCUGGGACCAAUGAAAGUAAAGGCAACAAAAUUAAAGACUUUGACUCAUUUGAUAUCAUGUUUUUUAUUUAUUCAGACAAACAGAAUGCUUUAGUGUUAGGGUGACCAUUAAAACUACUUAAGUCCAUUUGACUCAGAAGUUUGCAAACGCCCUAACGGGCGCAUCUUCUUGGUUUUAAUGCGCCAUUUCAGUUUUUUUUAUGGAAUCCCGCAAGGUACGCGCCUGGUGAGAACACUGUAAAUAUGUAGUUUAUAUUACGCUGUUAAAGGAAACUAUCGCUCUUAAUUUGGCCUUAUACUUUGUUAAGAUUAGGUGAGAUUACUUUUCGGAGAAUUUGGCCUUAAAUUUUGAGGCCUAUAAUAUUAUCUGAACCGCAACAAAAUGUAAACAAACCAAGCAUUGGUUUUGCUCAAAUUUCAUCAAUCGAUUCAACACUAUAUAUGAAAGUUUGUAAAAGCUAAAAAUUCAUUUCAAAUCAGUCUGUUGAAACAUGUACAGCAAAAUCAACAACAAUUAUUGAGGAUUUUUCAAUUUUAAAGUGUUUAAAAGCAAUUGAUUAUAUGCUAAUUUGGAUUAAAUUUAGAAAUUUUUUAAAUAAACUUAAGUAUUGUUAGUUGCAUGAAGUUCUAUUCUUCUUCCAAUAACAGCCAAAUGUUGCGUGUGUCUGAGCAAGAACGGUAACCAGGAUUUCUUGAUUGACACUCUGUCCACAUCCUUUUUCAUCUAUUUGCAUUUUCACGUUCGACAAACAUCAAUGGGUGCAUUUCUGUAAUUGUUUACAAUAUUCAGUAUUUUCAUGUCAGAGAGCUCUAUGGAAUAUUCCUUAGGGAGAAUGAAGUAUUACAUGUAUCUUAUUUUUCAUAUCAUGUGGAGAAUACUAUUACAUUCAUUUUAUCCAAUUAAUUAUUAAGUGUGGGAAAAGACAACAAAAUGAAUCAAUGUCACACCCUUAUCAGCAGAUUGAACAGACAGUGGAAGAAUUCAUUUCUAUUUAGAGUUGUGUACAUUAUGUACUUCUAGAUUGUCUUUGUACUGACACAUCUACUAAAUGUUUCAUACUAACAAAAAUUGAUGUAUCUUAACAAAUGGCAUUUCAAAAAAUCUACCCUUUUCUUUUUUAACCAUUACUAGAAAUCUAAAUGUAGGUACAAUUUUGGCAGCUGCCAAAUUUUUACAGAAGCACUGUUCUCUUAGACAGGGCUCCAUUCUUAGGAGCUUAAGAGACUUGAGGAGCAAACCGACGAGGAGAAACCCUACACUGUCACCAAAAGUCAGGGUUGUCACUAAGAUUUUAAGUUGCCGGGUAAAUACAACAAGUAGGCGGGAAUCAAACAGCUAGAGAUUUCUUUUGGUUCCAUUUUUCUUCUAUUUUCCAAUAAAAGUAGCCACGGGGCCACUCUCUUAGUACGGGGAAAACCCCCGCCCCGUUCUUAAUGACAACCCUGAACAGUACAAGUUCUCGUAGGGUCAGGUUUUUUCUAGCACCCGUUUUCUGCAAAUUAUUAAUUUACACUUAACUUUCUGCCAUUUUUUUCUUUUUUACUUCACCUGCACUCGACUCAAUGCAUAACAUUUUCCACAACAUUUAUUAAAAGCAGACAUUCAAAAAACUAGUUAAGCUAGUUUAUUUUAACUAAUCUCAGAUUAGUUAUUCGGUGAUCAUAAUUUUGCUUUCAGGAACUCCUUCUUAUAACACACAAUUUAUUAGUUAUCUGCAUAGUAAGAAAUUUAAUUGUGGAUUUACCACUUAUUGGAGGAUAGCUUAAUCAGCUUUUCAGGAACUGUGGCCUGGUCUUCCAGUGAGCUAUGAAGUUCUCACAGCAAUUGACCAGAUCAAUUGGUUGAAUACAUUCGUAAUGCAUUUAAAAGACCACCCCCGAAAGUAAUGAAAUGAAACAUAUGUUUUUAUCCAACAGUCUUUGUUUGGGCAUCACCUCUCUUGACUCUGCAGUUAAUAUUAAUAUUACUCCUUUUACUUUAGGUUUUACAGAAUCAUACCAAAUUCAAAGUGCUUCCCAGAAAGCUUACUAUUGGCAAAAGGUUGGCACAAUGCAUGCACCCCACUCUGCCAAGUGGUGUGCAUCUCAAAGCACUGGAAACAUACGAGCUCAUCUUCACACGCAUCGGCCACAAAGGACUGGCACAGGAUUUGUUCAUAUAUAGUGCUGGACUUUUUCCUUUACUUGGAAAUGCUGCUAUGUCUACUAGGCCUUUGUUGAUGACUUUGUAUGAGAAUUAUUUCCUUCCACUUGGUAAAGCAUUGCUUCCUGGAUUAUCAGGACUGUUACUUGGCCUUUUACCAGGGAUUGAGGAAGGAUCUGAAUAUACAGACAGGUUUGUUGAAUAUGCUGCAGUCAUCAGAAGCCUCCCAAUAAUGAUUUUAUCCUUACCACUAAACUACCAUUAAGCUCAUCAGGGGCGUAGUCAGCCCCUGGACCUGUAGGCCGGAGCCUACAAAUUUUGGUUAGAUCACUCUACCACUUGUAAUAGGUUAUGCGUUGUUGGGGUGAGCUAAAAGGCUUAAGAGGUCAAAAUGUUUGUGAGGUCAGACUAGUGAUGCGUGCAAUUUUCAGGAUAUGUGGAUAUGAAAGUCAGUCAGGCCUACAUAUAGUAUUGAAAAGUUGGCUACACCCCUGCUCAUCAACAAAGAUUAGCAGGGAGAAAGUGCCCAGAGAGGCUUGUGGAGAGAAGAACAACAGCCAACUGCAGUGCAUGACAAUCCUGUUGUUGGCAUCCACCCAGGCAUCAUCACCUUUCCAACUAAACUAGUGCAAUACCAACUUUAUAAUUAGCAUAUACUUACCAAAGGGAGGAUGGGGUAAGGAGGGGAACACUUGUUGAACAAGACAAACAUGAAGCGACGUGAAUAUAAUGGCCUGACCUCAAGACCCCUGUAGAGCUAAUUGAGCACCCUCAAUACCUCUCAGCAGAGAUGCCCAGCAAUGCCUUAAAACAUAAAUACAUGUAAUAUUAAAGAGCAGAUUUAGAGAAGGGAUAAAUGAACUUGCUGUUUGUGUCUAAGUCUAAAGCACUCAAUUAAACCUCAUGUUUUAUUAAGCUUUAAAAAAGUACCCAGCUCAGUCUUUCAAUUUUAAGUGUGCAAGUUGUACUCAGUCAAUAAUAAUAUUAUUAUUAUGAGGUGAAACUACUGUAGAUGUUAUUUGCUGCCCCAGUAGAUCUGCAUCUCUGUUCAUCCCUGAAAUUUUGAUGGUGUAAUCUGCCUUUCGUAAUCUCCACUCACAGGACAAUUUCAUUGUUGGGAUCCUUCAGUGAGAACACAGACAAGAAGAUUUUCUACACAACAUUGUGGGGAUGUAUUUAUUCAUCACCCGGCAUCCGCUUACCAGGCAUCACCUUUAUAAUGACAAGGCUGAACAGAAAAGGAGCUGGAAACCAAGAGUAUCUGUUAGGAAAUGACCCUCCUCUUUAGUAAGUGUUAUACAUUGCAUGUAUCAACCUGUAUUACACUCUGAGGGGAUACAAACUGUAUUGAAUGGGCGGGGAUGCUGGACAUCUCAGUUAGGGGGUGUAAAUUGCAGAUUUUGGUAUCACUUAGAUGGUUUGACAGUGUUUUACAUUUUGGCCUCUACUAGUCUCCUUCGCAGCCGCUCGGGCCGGACUCAUGGGAAGGGGAGCAUUGCCUGACUCUGGCCCGAGCAGCUGCAAAGGAGACUACAAUCCUGGGCAGAAUAAAAUGGAACAGCACACCCCGAUACCCACCCUUACUCCACCCGCCAAAUCAAGGAUGAAGCCGCGCAAAAGCCAAGACGCGCCAUUUUUCUAUCCUUGAUUCACGGGAAGGGGGAUAACAAAUUUCCAUCUAUUUUGUCCAAGAUUGUAUUCCUCUACUGGUAUCGUUUAUGCUCUGCGUUAAGAAGCAAAGAAAUCGGAGGAAAAAUGGAGAAAGAAGGACAAAAGAAAAAGCACUAACUGACAGUGCUGUUGUCACAACGACAACGCAAUUGUCACAACUAUAAAUAAUUAUACUAGGGUUUUUUAGAUGUUCGUGUUAGAAUUGUAUCUUCUAGAGGUGAAUAAAGCUUGAGCCACCCCCUGUUUGGUCUCCUUUUGGAGUUUAAUUCCAAUUUUGUCCACAGACUCAAAAGUUAGUAUAGACUUUCUCAAAGCCCGUUUCCGGUUCCUGUUGGUCUGAAGUUAGUACUACCGUAGAAAAUAAAUAAUGCCAAGUGAAAAUACUGCUGAAUGGGUUUCAUUUAAUAAGGUCGCGUGGGAGGAAUUCACUCUACCUUGAUAAAUGACUCCAACAUUCUAUCUGUGAGGGAAAGGUUUAGAAUGCUGAGAAUUUUAAGAGGGAGUUUGUGUGUUCAGAGGAGGGAAGAAGUAAAAAAGUGGUGGCUUAAGUUAGAAAGCCUUCGUUUAGUUCAUAGUUAAACGGUGGAAUGUUAUUAAACAACUUAAAAGUCGUUUGACUUCUCUUUUAUCUUCUUUCUCAGUCUUUUCUUCAGUCUUGAUUAACCUAUUUACUUUUCACAAUAGGUACAAUCACUAAGUAAGGCCCUAGGAGACAGCAGUCUUCUUGUCCAGCGGAAUAUACUGGACUUCCUUCUGAUUUUUCUUCCGGUGGACGCUUGUUACCUCUCAUCCAAGGAAAAGAUCACGCUAGUGGCGGCUGCAUUAGAAGUCUUAUUACGAAGAGACAUGUCUUUGAACAGACGCCUUUACACUUGGUUACUGGGAUCAAAUGCGAAGAAAGAAUCGUUGUCAAGAACCGAUAGUCUCAGCGAUGCGGACCACGAAGGGCCGAUGGAGACCUUCUUCAGCUUGCACUCGAAGCCGCUUUUAAUCGAGGCUGUAAGGAAAGUGUUUCAUAGUAAAUUUAGGUUUGAUAAAGGAGACUCGAAUGGAGCUAAGAAAGCACAAAGACUGGAGGUAUUAAAACCAUUUCGAUUGCUGAGAAGUCUUAUGGACAAGCCUGAAAUCGGCAGUGCAAUCGUGGAAGACGUUCUGCUUGAUGUUUUUAGGGCGCUGUACAACUAUUGCAACGUGCUGAAAGAAAAUGGAGCGGAUGUUGAAGAAAAUGACCGUAGAGAUUCUGUGGAGAGCACUCACCUCGAGACGAGCACAACUGACUCGUCAAAGAUGAAACUCAUAGAUGAACUCAUCAAAACAGCAAACUUGCUUUUCAAUUCUUUUGAACCUUAUUUUAUGUGGGAGUACUUAGCAAAGUUGCUUUCAGAUUGCGAUAAACAAUCACUGACAUCGGAUAAAGUUAAUGGCGUUGACACAGAUCACUGCACCAGUAACGGAUUUUGUGCUAAACCUACCUCGACAAGCUGUUCGGAAAUUUUUCGCUUGACUGACUUUUAUUCUUGAUGUUGUCACUCUUGUAAGUAUAAUUUUUCCCAUCUCAUUUUCUUUCUUGACGUAAAAUUCCGAAAAUAAGCAAUACAAGAAAUUGUGGUCAAGGUUUCUUUUAUUCUAGAAAAAAAAAAAAAGAAAAUGAACUUUACGACGAUAAUGGCGAAUUACGUAAAGAUGGAGGGCCGGAUAGAGAUAUCUUUUUUUGGAUGCAAUAACGACCGUAGAAUCAUCCCAGAGAGCAAUAAUGCCUGUUUACAAUAAAGUUCAGAUAUAACGCUCAAUCUGAUUGGUUUAAAAGCACUUAGGAAGUGGCUGGAGCACUAAGAAGUAGGAGGAAACACUAGACUACGUCUUGUGUUCCCCCCUACUCUUCUUUUGUGCUCUUUCCGCUUCCUGCGUGCCUUACAACAGAUCAGAGCACUGUCAGGGCUUCUUUAUUUUUUAAAAAAACCACGUGACAUUGCUUUCAUCCCAUCAAUCCAUUGGCGCGUGCAAAGAUGGCGUGUAUCACGAGCAAGGUUCGUUUCCAAAUAUAAGCCCGGGGGACGUUAUGUACUGAGGAGCUCAAUAAAGAAAGGGUUUUUACGUCUCGCAUUUUUAGGGGCUUUCAUUCAGAAUUUCACAAUCUGCCAAAGUUUGGUGAUGGAGUUAAUCUAGAGUCCACUGACAGUUUUGAGAAACAUGAACUUCUAUAAUGUCAUACCUUUUUUACGUCCCAUGCUCAGAGCAUGAGACGCAGAAAACAAUGCCUUCGUUAUUCAAACCCGUGACAUAUCUGGAAGUUAUUGGGCGCUCAAUCUCGACUAUCUAAUCCGAGAGAGUUUUUCAAAAGCUUCCUUUCCUACUCAGUUUGUGUAACUACAGAGGCGAUAACGCAGAAAUGAACACUCAGUGGCUUGGAGGACUGGGUCUCAUAGAAAGCUACUGAGGUUGCUGACCAGAAUGAAAACUGAUAUGCUCAUGUUUUACUCGUAGCAAGCUGUGCAGUUACUUAAAGAUUACGUCGUGUAAGGUGGAGGAAACGACUUGGAAGAGAGAGGAUUCGUUUAAUCGUACCAUCACGAUAGUUAAUUACUACUUUAGUCUGCAUGUAGUUGAGUUAGCGUUGAAGUCCAGAAUUUCCCAUCAAAUAAACCCAGGCCGAGGGUAUUGAAAUUGACCUAAUUGGUAAGUGUCAAGUCUCUGUUUUUUCUGUCUGUUGACUCUUUUCUUUCUUAUGUAGGAGGCUGAUUUAGAAAUUCAAACGGAGCACUGGCCAGAACUUCUGCGGAGGAUAACAAUUGAAAUGACCAAGAGAUGCGAGACAAUGACUCUAGAUGAUGUCAAAGAAGGAAUCUGUUUAUCCUCCAAACUUCUGUCCAAGGUGAUGCCUUCCAUGAAGACUGUAGAUACACAAGAACCCAUUUCAAGUAAAGAUCAGAGAAAGGAAUUGGAAGGCUCUUCAGAACACGAACUGAAUGAAUGGAGCGUUAUUGAGUUGGAACCUCGUCCUGAAGGUGACAGUAACAAGAUUCCCGCAUUGGAAAGCUCUGAAACGGUUCAAAAUGGAAUUACCAAAGAAGAGGUGGAAAAGAGAAGGUAUCAGGUGAAAAGGAGGCGGAUACUACAGCAGAGGGCGAUGGCCAGGAAAACGAUAAGUUGGAAGAUACUCAGGAGAGUCUUGACGAAUGGAGUGAUUUCAAUGAGGCUGAUCCGAAUUUCCGAUCAAGUGAGAUAGAAUCUAGUGAGUCUUCUAAUGAGUUGUCUACUGUGGACAGUAAAACUGAAGUCAGUGAAAAAAAGUCACUUUCACGACAGCAAAACUGUUGGCAGAGGUGGUGCAGGAAAAACGCAGGUUCAGCAGCCCUUUCAGUCUUCUUUAAUUCAAGCCUGCGUGAAAUACUUCCAGGAUUUCUUCGCCCGAUUUGUGAUGGAAAGAGUAUUGAAACGCCUCAACUCGCUUUCUGUUGACAGUGUGAAUUCUCUUGGAGUUAGAAGCAAAAAAUGCUACACGGCAGUGCGAGCAAGUGGACUUAUCAGCGAAAGCACGUGGAAAGAGCUUGAUAAUGGCAAUCACAUUGCAAGAGAGAAACAGGAAGAGAGUGCUUGUCAAACAGAAGGGAGUCUGAAGGCGAGAAGAAAUGUGGUUGGACCAACUAUGCUGGUGUCAUCCUUUAGGUCAAUGCAGUCGUCUAGGAAGUGCGCAGGGGCAUUUGUAGCCGCAUGUAAGCUGUUGCUGGAAUUGUCCUGCUUUCCAGUUUGUUCUGGAAGAGAUUCAGAUUCAGAAGAAAUCACAACUGACCAAAACGAAGGUACAGUUUUCGUUGCACGCUUUAAGUAUUCCUUACUAAUUUUUCCGUUGCUUAUUGCACCUUCAAGAAAUAACUUUUGCAGAAAAUGUUUAUUGCGAGACCUUAAUAUAGAAACUCUUUGCCUAAUUGAAUAUCGUUGGAUUCCCUAAAGCAAUCAAAGAAGUUAUAUUUUCGUUUCUUUCGAGUUGUUUUCCGCACAAUACCUUGUAAGAUAAAUUAUUUGGUACUUGAGUUAGAGAAGGGCAGUUCGUGACCAGAACUUAACAGGCUUUUUUUCUAUUUAGUGAGUUACGAAGUAGUGUUAAAAAUUAUGAAACUUUGCACUCACAAAAGGCUUGGCUCCCGAUCAAGCUUUAGAAAUUUAUAGUACUCCAGGAGCAAAAUAUUUUAAUUACUUUAUUCUUCGUUGUAUAAGUACACGACAAUAAGCCGCGGCAAAUGUGAGUACUUUAGGUGGGGUUAUUUUAAGGAACGUUUGACGGUGGUUACUUAAGCGCAGUCAAAACGCAUAUCAAUUUAGCUAGUUGUAAUAUUGACGUGCAUUGAGCGUUUUAGCAUGAGGUUGGUAAAGGUAAAGACACACACGAGCCAAAGACCCAAAGGCGCGGAGCUUAUCCCGGUUUCCUUAGCAUGAAGCAUGCCUAAGAGUAUUGUUACUCCCCCCUGGACGGGAAGUUACUCCAUCGCAGGGUUACCCCCCAUUAGUAUGUCGCCUGUACCCAUUUAUACACCCGAGUGAAGAGAGACAAAGUGGAGUAAAGCUCCUUGUCUAAGGAAACAACGCGACGGGUGAGGCGUGAACCCUGGAACUCAGACCUGGAAUUUGAGGUGUUAACCGCUCGCCACACACGCCUCCGGUUUCACAUGACGUUACUUCGGCCGUAUUGGUGUUCCAAAACAGUAUGACGGCGGCUAUGUUAGUGAGCCAAGCCUAUCCUGUGGGACUUGAACUCUUUUCUAAUGUAGACUCUUUCUCUUGUUCCGAUAAAUUUGCAUAACUGCUGGCCACCUCUGUACCCGAUGUAAACAGUUUAAAAAGGCACAUGGCACACGGACUCCAAAAGCUGUUAAAUGUAUCUGUUUAAAGCGAACCACUUGUAUCUAGAUUCGGCGAUUUAAUAAGCUCCCUUUGUUUUUUGUUGCUUCUUUUCAGUGCCCACGCUUCCAGAAUGGUUGCAGUCGUUAAUCAUGUGCUGCUUUGAGGUCGACGACUUUGACAUUCAAAGCUCGGCCGUCGGUACGCUUUUGGAUCUCGUUAACCUAACGUUAUCUGUGGCGGCUGGUCACGCCAAUGGACCCAGGCCCUCCGCGCCAGUGGUAGUCAUCCCAAUGAUAUCCCAGCAAUCUUUGGGGGUCAUUGAGAAGUCUGAUUUGUACGAGGUACAGUUUGGAAUCGUUUAGAAUUCGCAAAACGUUUGAGCACACAGAUGAUAUUCGUUUAUGCUAAACGAAACAUGCAUUUGCUUGAAGGUUUUAAUAUGGCUGUAAUGUAAUAUGUAAUUUUUAGAGCGCUGUAAUCAAGAUCAUAACGCGGAGUCCAGCACCACGCUUGAAAGAGAGGUGUUCCCCAAUCGAGCGUUAGGCGUUUACGAGUUCGCUUUCUGGAGACUAAAAGGGGUUUUAGUUUUGUCUCUCGGUGGUAAGGCGCCGAUCAUCUCAUCUUUUCAGUUGAGAUAAGCAAACCAUACAUAUUAGACGAGCCUCGAGCAGAGUCUGCACCUCUCUUGAAAAGUACGGAAAUCUGCAAGAACACAAAAAUCGCACAGAAUCUGAACAAAAGGAAAAAAAAUCCGAAUUUUUUUUCUGUUGUUUCUAAAAUUUCUAGACGUAGUAUCCCGAGAUCGUUUUGCAACCUCAUCCAGGUUUCAUACUGAUCUGAAUUGUACUUCAUAACCAUAAAAUCGUCAUAGUAUGGUAACCAUCUAAACAUGUUUAUUGUAUGAUUGACAGGUCAUAGCAGAAAGUCUUUGGGACCAUAUUGGAGAGGACACAACCCAGUUUCACCAGAGGAUCGUUGAGCUGUUUCUUCAGCUCCACAACUUGACGCCUUCUCCAUCACUUUGUGCAAACGUCAUUGGCAAUUCACUGGUAGAUAAUAAUAAGGUUCGCUAUAAGCAUUGAUUAUGUAAUGAUCCUUUUCUUACAGUCAAACCUCCCAAGCAAUUUGUGUUUAGCUUCUGCUUUCUUUGUAGUCACUGUAAUCAUUGAUCUCUUGUGGUUGUAGGAGCUUUGCUUACAAGGACACUGGAAGUUUGCUUUGUUCUGGCAUGUGGCGAGGAAUGUUGUCAUCCAGGAUUCUGGUCGAUCACCAAGACUCGGAGAAUUUCGUACUCUUGACAGGUAAAACUUGUUUUAUAUUGCAAAAGACGGCAAAUACUGAAAAAGGUUCUAGUGUACGUAGUAUCUAUAACAAAUUUACUCAGCUGAAAAAUACUAAUAUGACAAGCAAGGCAGCAGGAGCUGAUAAUCCGUAGAAUAAAGUAGGUUUUCAAGAGAUCAUCAUGACGUAAAUAACCCAACAGAGGAGUACAGUACAGCAAGAUAGUCAUUUUGUCCUCUUUUAGACUCGUCAAAGAUUCGAUGGUGAAUUGAAUUCCGUCACUUCUCUACAACUGACGGAUCCAAAGAAAGACAAAACCGCUUUCUUGCUGUGCUGUUCUGCUCUCUUUAAUGAUUUAGUGCAUCUUUAUGUUCAGUUGCAUUAAGUGUUUUUUCAUCAGCCGUACUGCUUAGUUUGUUACAUGGUGCCUUUUCAUGCAUUAGUGGCCUAAGAGAGAGCUUUCACUCUGUUACGUGUUGGGACACGUAGAUAUAUUUUUUAGCAACUACUAUAAUUUGCAGUCUGUCUACUUUGAAUUGAAUAUAAAUAACGUUGUUGAAAAAUAAAGAGGCAGGUUGAGCCAAGAACACCCCCUAUUUCAGGGCUUAUGCUAAGUGGGUAAUCACUACUCCUAACCUCUACAAAUUUUAUUUUUUUUCAGAGCGCUGUUUAUUAUGCUUGAUAGUCUACAAAAUGAAGAGCCAGAAAUAAGGUAAGUUGACUAGUUGCAUCUCUUGCUCAAGUGAAAAAAAUCCCUAUUGUUAGCACAGAAAAAAUGUAAGGUUAAGGCACUUCGUUUAUUAAUGAAUUUGCAUACUCAUCUGUGCGGGCUGUGUUGUUAAUGAACCAUUUGCGGAUAACACCCUUUUUGAUCUUCAUAAUUUUUCACAUAAUCCUUAGUGUCAUCCGGUAAUUGCUUUUUAUCCUUCGCGGGGCAGACCAGUACCUCUUCUGAGAAUACUGCUUAAUUACUGUAACAUGCCUCAAGAACUGAAGCUGAGGUAGUGAUGAGAGCACUCGCUUCCCACCAUUUUGACCCUAGUCGGGUCAAAUCCCCGGGUUGACACCAUACGUGGAUUGAAUCUUUUUUUAGUUCUCACUCUUGAGGGGACCCCAGUAAUGUAGGAACUACUGGAAUGGUGUUUCCUUAUUGGUCGCAGAAAACAGUAACAAAUCAUUGUCUAUCAUUAUUCCCCAUUGUUUCACGGUUAGGUUAUCGAACCAAUUGGCUUUUACAGUACAGCAGCCAUCCAUUUUGUCCUCGUUUAGACUCGUCAGAGAUUCUAUAGUCAAUUGAAUUCCGUCACUGCUACAUCUGAUAUGGUAAAGGGAAAGUCGCUAUUUAGAAUUAACUGUUCAAGCCAUUUCUUGUUUGAUUGAUCACAGGUAACCCAGGCUCUGUGAUAGUACCACAGUACGGUUCCAGUAAAAUUACAGUGUUUGUAUGGGGUAAAAAUAUCAUCCUAAAAUUUCUAGGAAAUACUAAAUAAAGAUCAGUGAAACUUACUCUGCAGUUAAUUGUUGUUGUCCUUACUGCUCCAACGAAGUUUCGUGAUAAUUUGCAGUAAUUUGUUCAAAUUCACUCUAUCUACAAUAAUAAUAUACAAGGUAGGAAACACGAGGUGCCAUUUUCGCCGACAUGCUCUCAUUCAACACAACUUUUCCACGAAAUUCGAACUCCAACGGAAAAUAAACAUGCCAGGAUCGUAGAAAUAGGAUAGCAGCAGAUAUAGAAACCAAUGACGCUUUCCCAGAUAGAGAAACGAAUCCCACAAACUUGGACAAACUCGAAGAAUAUAAUCCAAACACACCGAGAAUACGCUCGCCGAAGCAGCCGGGCCAGAUCAACGCGCGGCCAAGAAAAUGAGGCCUGGGCACUGUACAAAAAAUUCCAUCCAGGAGUCCUGGGGUGACCUUUCUAGGGACCGAUACAUCAUUUGCCCAAGGCCACCCUCCCCUGCUGGAAAAAUACUUGAUAGAAGGCAAUUGUUCUUCCUAGCCAAUCACCAUUUGCCAGAGCAAACCCCGCACACGCGCCUGAAUUUAAAUGGCUAAAAAAAUAGUAAUAUAAUCAGGAGAGUCUGCGGAGUUACAAGGCGUCCCAUUUCUUUUACUAAGGAAUGCAAAUAACAGUAAUGAAACUAAUGAAAUAACAACGCGAAAUGCUUACAAGGCGGACUAAAAACAAGGUUGAACAAAAGGUAGAUGAUGACUGAGAUACUGUUGCUGUGAACUCUCGAGCGAAACUAUCGUAAAUAAACGGUGAAGCUUACAAACUAAUGUCAAAAAUUAUACAGAAAAUUGCGACAGAAUAUGAAUUGCGAUAACUGAGACGAAUGUGAAAGGCACGUGCACUAGUAAACAAAGAACUAGCGCGAUUAACAUAUUUAGCGAUUAAUGCGGCAGUAACACGCCGACUUCUUGUCAAUACAAGUGAACGCUCUAUCGGUUAAAUAUGUGAAUCAGCGUGAUACACCUCUCUUUGAAUUUGGUCCUGUUGUACAAAUGCCUCGGUAAGAGCCAAAAUUCACUUAUAUCUUUUGCUCGUUUUAAGUUUUGUAAAUCGUCCUUCGUUGUUCUUUCCUUUGCCCUUAUAACCUUGCCCUACUGAUGUUUGACAAACUUUCUGAGGACCAGCGCCAGGAGCUGAAUAUAGUUCGAGAGGAAAAUAAUCUCUUUAUAACAGGCCAUAGUGAUUGGCUAGGAAGAACAAUUGUCUUCUAUCAAGUAUUUUUCCAGCAGGGGAGAGUGGCCUUGGGCAAAUGAUGUAUCGGUCCCUAGAAAGGUCACCCCAGGACUCCCGAGAUGGAAUUUUUUUGUACAGUGCCCAGGCUUCAUUUUCUUGGCCGCGCGUUGAUCUGGCCCGGCUGCUUCGGCGAGCGUAUUCUCGGUGUGUUUGGAUUAUAUUCUUCGAGUUUGUCCAAGUCUGUGGGAUUCGUUUCUCUAUCUGGGAAAGCGUCAUUGGUUUCUAUAUCUGCUGCUAUCCUAUUUCUACGAUCCUGGCAUGUUUAUUUUCCGUUGGAGUUCGAAUUUCGUGGAAAAAGUUGUGUUGAAUGAGAGCAUGUCGGCGAAAAUGGCACCUCGUGUUUCCUACCUUGUAUAUUAUUAUUGUAGAUAGAGUGAAUUUGAACAAAUUACUGCAAAUUAUCACGAAACUUCGUUGGAGCAGUAAGGACAACAACAAUUAACUGCAGAGUAAGUUUCACUGAUCUUUAUUUAGUAUUUCCUAGAAAUUUUAGGAUGAUAUUUUUACCCCAUACAAACACUGUAAUUUUACUGGAACCGUACUGUGGUACUAUCACAGAGCCUGGGUUACCUGUGGAUUGAUUGAUUGAUAUUUAUUAUUAUUUUGUGCGAGGCGCUGAAACUACUAAUUUUUUUCAAAAUUGUGUUUUCUUUCCAGGGUACUCACACAGCACUGGCUUGCUCACGCCCUACAGCACGGCGAUCUGGGACGAAUCGUCGACCCGCUUCUUCUCUUACUUCUUCAUCCAAUCACUGCACGAGUCUCAAUUCACUACCUGUACGCUUUAUUGGGUACCAAAAUGUCCACAAAACGUGCUGCAACGCAAGGAACGGAAACGCUGGCUAACAAUGUAAAGAAUAUUAAGAAAGAAAACGGAGUUACAGCGGCUGGUAGACAGAACAACAAAAUAGUGAUCCGAAAACCCGAGCAUUCGUCGGGGAAUUCUCGGGGAUCAGAUGAUAGCAAAUCUGCUAGUCCGAGUAAGCCGAGCGAAGCAGAACAUUCGACGGACACUGACGGAGAUGGAGCAGAGGCCGACGACGAAAACGAAGAAAACGAGCCUAAGAAAGAUGGUGUGUGAAUCUCCUAUGGCCGAAUUUCUUAUUCGUCGUUUGCUUUAUUUAAUAUCAUUGUGUUAGUUCGUAGUAUUUUGUUUAAGCUCGGCUCUGUUUUGCCUGGUUUAACGGGUGAUGUGGAAACGCGAAAACUUCUCGAUUUCUUCCUAACCAAGGCCGAUAAUUAUCAGCGUUAACUGGCCGAUAAUUAUCAGCGUUAACUGGGUCUGUGUCUGAUACUUGUGCUUAUGCCAGCUGCCGAUAAACCAUCACCCAGUGUGCCCUUCCGGUAUAUUGGGGGAGCGAGCGUGGCGCAGUGGUGAGAGCACUCGCCUUCCACCAAUGUGACCUGGGUUCAAACUCGUGGAAGCCAUAUGUGGGUUGAGUUUGUUGUUGGCUCUCUCCGUUGCUACGAGAGGUUUUUUCCGGGUACUCCGGUUUUCUCCUCUCCUCGAAAACCAGCAUGUCCAAAUUCCAAUUCGAACUGUAAGGGCUGACGAAGAACCAAUUUUUUGGGUGUGCUGCAUCAUCAUCCAUCAUCAUCAUCAUCAUCAUCAUCAUCCAUCAUCAUCAUUAUUAUUAUUGUAAUUAUUAUUAUAUUGAUUAAUUCAAUUCACGCGAGUUCAUUGUACUUUUCAGUUGCAGUAAAUGGAAAAGGCACUACGCCAAGCAAAUCUCCUCCGCAGUCACCACCUCCAAAUAGAUCUUUAGUACAUCCCUUGGAUCAACAUAAACUGCUGUACAUCUUACGUUACGACUAUCAGCUCAUUCUGUACGCGUUCAGUACUCUUCAAAUCAUUCUGUCACGUGCUCCACACCAGUUUGUUUGCGCCUCGUCUUCCACCAGCAUCAGUUCAUCCAACACUCCUCACCAGGACAAAAUCAAAGAACUGCUCGUUCGGCAUCGGCGGUCCUUACUCGGAAAGGGAUUUUAUGGUGCGUUAUACGAGAGUCCGGUUUCACCUUCGGGUAAGUACAGUGCUAGUGGAUGCUUUGGCAUUGAUUCAGUUUUUGGUGGUUUUUUUUUCUCAGCUGAAACUGGUAAGGCAAGCAAUGGUCACACGAAACACUUCCGCUGUACCCCCCCCCCCCCCCCAAUCCCAAUGCCUUACGCUUGAGCACCGUAAGAAUCAACAGCUACCACCAGUGUACCAGUGUUCACUAUAUCCGCUCAGACAGCAAAGGGUAUAUUGUCGAUGAAGCGUGAGAAACAGUUGAAAGCUGCCAUCUUCCUAAGUUUUGGCCUUAUGAUGACAUUUCUUUAAAAGGUAGUAGUACUUGGGAAUGCUGAUGAAGCAUAAUUAGGCCAAUAUACUUGUUCAUGGGUAGCAUUGGCUGUCUGUCUGAUCACCCUUAUUUUUGGGCCAAUCUGAGGUCCGCAACAUCAAGAAGGAUUUUCUGGAGACUGUAGACCCUAGAAUGUUCACUCGUGAUAUUUGGUUUGUUUUCAGGGCCCUCUCACAGUGCACGACUCUUUGGUGGCCCUUUGCUCUAUCUGAAACCAAGCACUAGCAAGUACCUGGAAGUACUUAUUUCCGUGAGUUUGUACUUCAUCAGGAGCGAAUAUUCCAGUCACCUGAAUGUACAGGUUGAUGAUGUUGAUGGUAAUAUACAGGUGCAAAUAGCUAGCGCCGAGAUGUUGCAUAAUAUUAUGUGGCAGGUGGUGGAAGUAGUCAAAGAGAGCGGAGCCGGUUUCGGAACGUACAUCAGUGACAUGUUUUCGCGUUGUAAAGUCCAAAAGGCCUUGCUUCACUGUCUACUGUCUAUACUGUACGAAAGAACUGGGGUUAGAGGUACCAGUUUCGUUAAAUCUCCGCCGCCAAAUUUCAAGCCCAGUCAGCUCUACGUCAGUUCGGAAAUCAGCAAAUCACAGGCUCGAGCUCUUCAGGUGAAACUCCUCAAACUGUUACAAGCCAUUCUUAUUCUUGAGUCCAAUAUUCGCACCGCUGUUGCUGUUUCCCAAGACAAUCCAGGUGGGCACGGGACGCCGCCUACGAGCAAACCCGAAAGCCCAGCGAAGGCUGCCGACGAAUUGAAAGUAACGCAGUCGUCCCAUCGAUAUAUCCCGGGGAAGUCUUUGGCAGAACAAGGCAUGCUAUUGUCAGCGGUUCUUCACGGCCUUAGACAUGAUGAAAGUGAUAUGCAUUAUGAGUGGCUGCAGUUUGUGGUGACGUGUUUGUCACACAUGGGCUUAGUGUUACGCGCGUGGGUGGUGCCUGUUGCUGAGCAAAUCAGUCGGAUUCUUGAGGGAUUGACGACUGUGUAUUGUAACGACAAGGAUGUGAGGUUUACCAGGAAAGACACCAACGAUGAGUCGGGAAUAAGGUACACAAGAUUUCUAGUAUUUGUAUAGCGUGUAGGUUAUGCAAGAUAUGACACUUUGAGAAGCAUGUGAAAACGGCUGUUUUGGUCCUCCGUAAAUUUCACCUUUUGCCUAACCUGUAUGCUAUGCAAAAAUAUCUAUGUAGGCGAAAAAUGGCGAUAAUUAGUAUGCGACUGUAAACGCAAACAUUUUUGAGAUGUUGAAAGAAAUGAUGACGAUGCUUCUAAACGGGGCGCGCGCCAUGUUAGUCUUCCAAAUCAUUUUUGACAAAACACAGUACGGUUUCUCCUUCAAUGAAACAAACACAAAAAGCCGCAACAAUCUAAAACAAACAAAUUACGUGUCAAAUCGGUCCUCUAAAUUCCUAAGGAACCCACGGACGCUUUUGUUGUCAAUUGAUUUAUCAGUCUUGUUUUUCAUGUUACCAUGUCCCUCCUGAUAGUGAACCUCACUCCCAUGUUCGACUCACAAUGGAGGCAUCAGGAAUGACUCUAACGAUCUGCCCGGGCGUUGUGCCUUUUUUGUGGCUCUUUUCGUCAAUUUAUGUCAUGACACGUAAAAAGAACUCCAAGUAAAUUCCGUUGUGGAGUCCAAAUUUAGAGUGUGUAGAGAAAUGUAAUUAAGGAUUCAAGUUUCUUCCACAGGCGAACUGAGACAGGGAGUUCCAACGUACCCCCGGACUAUGUCAUUACCUUAUUGGAAGGUCUCCAGUCCAUAUGCCACUACUGCUUGCGUGACAAUACGACUCCCUCAUCUCCAGUCCUCUCACUGAAGCCUCGGAUCGGUCGAUCCAACUCUAGCCCGUCCGUGAAUACUGAAGCAGUUCAGUCGAGUGCAAGCUCUGUGCAGAUCUUCACCAAUUUGCUGCACGCAUUUUCAGUACAGUCCUCUCCAGCCUCCGAUGUGCCUAGCGUGGAGGCACCUAAGCACAUCUUGGACGCGCGGGAAGGUUUACUGAGCAUUUUGCCCAAGAUACUCUCCUCACUUUUUUCGGUAUGGAGCACUUGGAGCCCACAAAGAGCCGAUUCGUCUGGCCAGCGGUUACCCUCUGAAUCGCCGCUAAACUUGAUGGGGUCUCCAAAGGUUUGCUUUAGUUUUCUUUUUCCGUAGUAAAGUUGGGUUACAUGUUUUGAGAGAUAAGAGAAGUCAUUUUAUACAGCAAACACCCGCGAAUAAGAACCUACUUUUUUGAAGUCUGGCAAAAUAGGUUCUUUUAUUUUGGGGUACUUAUUGGCAAAUUAGAAGUAGGUUCUUAAUUUUUAUAGAAGACAUAAUAGAUUGUUUUUUACCAGAAAUGUAAAUAUACUUGGGUUUGGUCCUUUAAAAUACAGUAUUUAUUAGUAAUUGUACUGUUAUAACCCUACAAAACCUGAUCAUGAAAUUUCUAUACAGUUUAAUGCAGUCUGGUCUUGUUUUACCAAAAUUUGCAAUCUCAAAGUUACACUUCUUGGUUAAAUUGUGUAUCACAAUUUAAUUGUAACCCACCUGCACAUAUAAGAACCUGCUUGAUCUUCAUUUGGCGAAACAGGUUCUUGCAUUCUUGGGUAUUAAAGUGGCCAUUUUCUGCCAGGCGGUUCUUAAUCCACUGUGUUCUCAUUCGCGGGUGUUUAUCAUAUUUUUAAAGUGACACUGUACCUGAUACUCAUAUACAUCUUUUAUAUUUGUGUUUAUCAUCUGCCUUUUUAAGUUUUGCCCCCGUAGAGAGCGCUGAAAGGUUAACAAAGUUUGCACGUUAUGAUCAGAUCCCCGUGCAAGAAAUUCAUAUUUUAGCUGCAAAAAUGCCCUUUCUAUUGGGGGAAAUAAAAUUCGGCCAAGUUUUCUAAAGCUCCUCCUCUCACCUCUUCAUUGUGAAUCUGAUAAGUUAUGUUGCGCACGAGUUAAAUGUCUACUAAAGGCCAAAGUCCGGGAGCUGUUGGUACUUUAAGGCCCUGUAUGCCUAUAUUGGAUAUGAAGUGACCUCAUCAAUUGACGUUCCUGAAUAAGCAAAUCAAGGAAUUGCUUUCACAGUCACCGCGGCGAACGUGAUUUCAUUUCUAACACUCAUCAUUCAUUUAAGAGACAAAGGAAAUGCGCCGACGAGUGUUAGGAUAUCCGAAGUAAAACGUGUCGUCAUUGGAUGCUUAAUUACACCUUUAAUAUCAUUCCUUUUUAGCGGUCAUAUCAAACGCACGACACUGUUUUAUGUUAUUUAUCUGAUCAAACACCUUGAUGUUCGUCGAAAACACUCACGUCGUAUUUUCGUUUCUCUUCUGGGUGUCUGUCAUGUCUUGUGUUUAUCAUGUUUCUUCUUUCUACUCCAAUUUUUUUUUUCAUUAUUAUUAUUUCAUUUAUUUCUUUAUUUCAUUAAUCUAUUUACUAUUAUUAUUGUUAUUUUUUAGGCCGUGCGUCAACAGAUUCUUCAGCUGCUGACACCAAUCGCCAUGAACCACACCAUCGUGUUUCUCGCCUCGCUGGCAGACGUUUGGUAUCAAAGACGAAGACGUGAGUUAUCUGGGUCCAAGAACACGAGAGGUAUCCCAGUGGCUUCCGAGGAUCAGAUUGUUGUAGUGGAUAUUGUUUAUGCUAUCAAGGUAUGCUCACAAUAACAUACCGUAACCAGCCGUUUAUAAGCCGCAACACUCAUAUGCCCAUCAACCGUAAAUAGGACAAUCACAUGACUUUUGGAGGGCAUAUAGUGGAGUGGAAUGGAGCGAGAGUGCAAAUGAUGCUACGAGGGACACAAAUAAACUAUAUGCCCGAUAAAAGUUAUGUGAUUAUCAUUAUUAUCAAUACACAAGGCCAAAUCGUACAAAGUUUAUUUCAUAAGGAAAGUUUGUUAACAUGAAAUCAUGUUGCGGGCUGCAAAUUCCAUUUACAGCCCGUACUUUGCCGUUUGGUUCGCGAAAAGGAGCGUUUUAGAGAGGGCAGUUUGUCAUUCGGCCGCGUGUAGUGAUAAUAAUCCUCUAUUAAGCUCCCCUUCCUGAAAUAAGCCCCCUCUCUCUAAUGAGCCCCCCUCCCCUCUCCCUUAUUAUUCUUCACUAAUAAUAAUAGACUGUAUUAAUCAAUCACGACUGUAAAACUUCGUGUGGACUGAUCCAGGGUGGUUUAUUCAUCAAGUGGAAGUUCGGAUUUGUUUUUGAUCUUCGGCUGUAUGACCUCCAACUUCUUGUACUUGAGCUUUUCCGGUUUGUAUUCUAGUUCUUUAUGGAGAACUGAUACCAUCCUCUUUGCGAAAUUAAGCCCCUCGUCUCUAUUGAGCUUCCCACCCCCUCAAAUGUUUCUGAAACAAAAAAGGCUCCCCGGGGGCUUACUAUAGAGGAUUUACGGUAUAGCCAAAAAAAUACCCUUUAUUAUGACGUUUUGAAGCUUAAUUAAAGCCAUUAAAUGCGGCAUAUUUUGAUCAGCGCCGCUAUGACUUGUUUUAAGGCGCUUUUUCUAUUGCGGCUAUAAGUUUUCUCUGAUACAAGCCCCUCCGUUUGUAAGCCCUCUUAAAACUCCAUAUGGAGAUGUAUAAGCUCUGCGCUGAUAAGCGGCAGUUUACGGUAAUAGAGUCUAACAGACAGACGUCACGUUACUUCUAAUAAGUCUCUGUGGGUAUCAAUUCGUGGAUGGUCAAAUUUUUAUCAGUCUUUUGUAGUGGAUGACUUCCCUCUAAACUUGUAGCUAUCUGAAACUUUUGCAGGCAUUGUCAGUAGAAGACAUGAUUGACAACGUCAAACAGAUCGUACGCCAAGUUGUUACAAGCAAAGAUAAGACCACGUCCACCCAGUCGGGCCUUGAGGUCAACAUUUUGCAGUUCCUGUACGAGUACUUGACGAAAGCGUCCGAGAGUCACUUGAUUCACGUUCGUUCCUCACUGUUGUCGCUUAUGAAAGAGGGUCUGCAGCUGAAUUUCCCUCCAGCCUUGUUUUUGCUGUUGGUUAUCCUGCGGUCUUACGUUCAAAACAUUCCUUUACAAGAGGAUAAAAAAGUCCGCAAGGAACUACAGGUGAAAAAUUGUUAAACUUUUCUUUAAACUUCUAGCAAUUCUUUUUUAUCAUGUCGAGAGGCGGGGGCGGGCAGUUAUCAUAAUGAGAUUUUAGGAAGCGAGCGAGCAGAGAAGGAGCUGGGGAGAAGAGAUGGGAGGUACCUCCUUCCCAACUCCCUCACCGCUUCUCCUGUCUGCUUGCUCGUAAUAUACGCAUGAGCGCGACAAUCUUGUUGAACCUUAACAGGCUGUCCGCGUAAGAACCGAUAAGGCAAAUUUCGGUCUAUCACGAAUUGCCCUGAUUUUUCCAGUGGAAGAUAACUAUCCUAUCCCAUGAAGAAAUAUCACAUUUAUUUGGACCAACUCAAUUUUUUUCUCUGUAUUACAAGAAGAUUUUCUCGGUUACCUAAAACUAGCCAGUUUGCCGUCGGAAGUGGUGCGAUUUUAAGGAAACUUUAGGGCUCUUGCAAACCUACCUUACAAAGCGGAAUAAGCUGAUUAUUUUACACACAAAUGUUUUAACUCUGAUUAAUAGUUUCAAUGUUUAAUGGUUACAUUCUGUGGAAAGUUGGCUGAGAUAUGAUUUUUUUAAAAUGACCUUUAAUUUGCUUAUCGGGAAAAGUAAUUUGCAUAACUAGAGCUGAACGGUAAUUUCGCAAAAGUGGCACCUGACCCAGACUCAAGUCUAUGAUAAAACAGAAGUACUAAGACCAGUCUACUUCAUAAUGCAAUAAAAUUUGUGGGCACUCCUCUUUGCGUGCUGUACAAAGUUCCGUUAAUGUUCCAAAAUUCACCAUUUUGACAGCAAAGCUGGAAUUGUAACGGUCUGCAUCUGGUCGACUAAUUUCCACAACUUUAACAUAUCUAGUUAUCACUAACUGUCAUUAGACCCUUUAAAUGUUGGACUUUCGAAAACAUGUGAAGAAAACUUGGUAAUCGCUUUUUCUUGGUUUUUUUUUCUUGUCGACGAUGAACAUGACUUCAUUCUCCGUAUGCAAAUUAGCCUUAGAUGCGUCGUUUCAACAAAUUGACAGGAAAUAUAAUACUCGCGUUUCAUAUUUUUAAGGGAAAAAUAACUCUUCUUUCUACGAAAAAACACGAACGAUGUAUGACUUAGAAUCCCCUUGGGUCUGUUUCUUUUACGAGGAAGAAGCAGCAGAAGAAGAAAUGUUUACGCGAAUUUAAAAAAUAAUUUAAUUACUGUGGUUCGUCACGCAUUCCGCCAGAGUGACCGUGUAUCGAUCAGUUCUUUUAUCCUAUUAUAUCUUUUUUGAGGUGAUAGUUAUUGGAUAAUCAUACAAUUUAAUCACUGUUAAUUCCGAUUCUUUACUGGGUGGGAAAUACCGUGCUGUUGUAAUUAUUCACUCUACGACCGUUUUAACUGAGUCAGUCAGUCACAGGGCGCCACUAGGAUAGGGUUUAAUAUAACGGCCCAUGGUGUAAUACACGACAAUCAACCAAAAAGUAGUCACUUGGAAGAAAAGAAAAAGGCAUAGUUUUUUGUUUACGGUCCGUCUCCUGUUAAGACCCAAAAGUUUUUGCCGGCUGUUAAUCACACUAAAUUAAGGAUCCCUAUGUUGUCUAUGUUUACUACUGAGCUGAUGGAGAAAAGCACGUGCACUCAGUGAAUGAAAGACGAAAGUUUGUAAAUUAGGUCUCCUUUUCUUUCCCUGGAUUUGAAUGGUAUUUUAAAGUGACACAACUUAUUUUUUUUAGCAUUACCCAGGGCUGUAGCUAGGUUUUUAGUAACGAGGGCUGACGAGGGGCAUUAUCGCGAGAGCCGAAGGCACGAGCUUUGUAGGGGGGGUCUGGGGGUGUCCUCCCCUAGAGAAAUUUUCAAAUUUGGAGGCUCCGAAAUGCUAUUUUCAGCACUUGUCAUGAGAUAUGUCUCCGAAAAAUCAACCUCGAAGAUGAAAAUGGCAAACAAUUGCAAGUCACUAUAAUCAACAUAACUGAGUCUAAAGAAAACAAAUCCAUCCACAGACUUGAUUUGUCUGGCUCAACAGGUCCAGGGGAGGCAGCUGCCCUACGGCUCUGUUACCACGUUGAACUGGCUUGGUUGAUCUUUCUUUGACAUAUACAUAGGUUGAAAGCUUCUGAUUGAGGGUGUUGUGGUCUCAAUUAUUCUUGAGCGAUUUCUGCAACAAGCUUUUGCCUUUCGAACACCUUGUCUUCUUGCUGCAGAUCUCUAUAGUCAAGUUCAAUGUAUAUUCAAGUUCAUUACAUUGGUUAUUUCGUCCAUUGCCUUAUUGUAAUUACACUUAGGACUAUGUUUAGGUGUUGACUCAAACGGGCCUAGAGUCCAACAUGGGCUGGCAAUAGGUGAGCACGGAAUUGGAAUGGGGGUGGGGGGAACUCCCUAUGAUGGGCUAUACGGGGAGGCUCCACCCGAAAGGGGUAUCUUUUUCAGGCUUCAGGUAUAUGAAAGGGUACGCAUUUCACUAGAUGAAGUAUAUGAAAGGGCGAAUGCGCUUAUUGCAGCCUUAGCAGCACCUUUGGCGGUUCUUAAAGGAAAAAGAACUAAGUUUAAGAAUUUAAGGAAAAAGUAGAAGGACUUAAUUUUUCAGGAAUUAAUAUACAGAGGAGAAAUUUCACCCUUUAAGUAUAAAUGCUUGUAAAAGUAGAGGUGGAACCGGAGGGAGAGAGGGUGGAUCGUAAAGUAGAUUAAAAAUAGAGAGAUAGGAGGAGCACUUUGAUGGAGCACAUUGUUCAAGAGGGUAUAAAUACAAAAAAAAACAGCAAUCUGGAGGCAUUUUUGAAGACUCAAUGAAAACGUUAUCAAAACAAGAAAAACAGAGAAAUCUUGUCCAAUAAACCUCUCCGGCAACGGUGUGGACAUGGUUGCUGACUGCUCAAUCGUACUCUUCUCGACCCUUCGGCGUCAAGUUUUUUCACGUUUCUUGCCACAAGAGGAGCAAAUCGGCUAUAUAAAGUUGAACUGAACAUUCUGGUACUUUUAAAUCUCACUAAUUUUUACAAAACCAGAGACAUGUUUUAACACUGUUUAAGUUAAAAAAGAUUGUUUUUAUUGCAAGAAUGAAAUACUUUUCACACACGUCCCAAGGACAUUCCUCUUAGAAAAUGGCAGGGGCGGGAAAGCCCUGGGGACGAGGUUGAAUCCUGACUCCGUGUAGAAAAUUCUUUCCUUUUUCCCCAUUUACAACGCUCUUCAAACAAUCAUCAGAAAACUAUCUUCUACAACACACGGAUUAACCUUUAUGUAUUGUAUUUUAUAGGUGAGAAUUGAUUAGAGCAAGAUACACGGCUGUCAAAAAAUAGAAAUAAAUAAACUAUCUUUGCAAGCUCAACUAAACUGGAAACGAACAUCAGAAAACAUCGCAAGAUAAAAUGUUAAAUGGAGAAAUAAGAAUAUCUCUGUACGUUUAGAAAUUUUUUGCGUGAAGAAGAAAAAAGAAUGAUACUUACAUGAUGGAGCAAAACUUUGACUUAUUUCCUGCCACAGUAGUUAUUUUGCCAGUAUGAUCCAGAGUGUGACCGGGGUAUUGACAAGACCUUAGGCUCGAUUUCCGCCGUCUCCCAAUCCCUUGGGGGCUCAUUUUCCAGCACAGCGGCUUACAAUCGAGCCUAACAAGACCUUGGCGCUCGCAAAAACCUGCCAAGUAGGUGUCUGUGCCUUGGGCAGAUUGUCAUGUUAGUGUUAGCCUGUGUACACACCACCCCCCGACCCCUCGGAGAAGGGGCCCCUUCUCCGAUUUUUCCUAAGGGAAGGAGGGGGGGUCUAUACACAGGCUAUUAGUGUCUGUGCCUUGGGCAGAUUGUCAUUUCAGUUCCGAAUACCUACCAAACACUCUCGCUAAAAUGAGUUCAUUUAGUCAUUGACUUUGCUACACUUAGGCAAGUGACAGAUGGCUAAGUGCGACGUAAUAUCAUUCAUGCACUCUGCGACCAACACAUUUCCCUCCACACCCCUACUGGGACCACACUCUGUCUUCACGAUCUCGCGAAAAGAACAGCUCUUUUAACAAUUGAUCUCUUUGGCGAUUUCAUUGACAUAAUUAUAUUUGAAACUGGCACCUGUUGCAUUAUAAUUCAAUUAGAUUGAAACCAAAAGAAGAUCAUCUUGGGAAUACGGAUGUUAUACCCUAACAGGAGCCCAUAGGCCUCUGACCCUAACAAAAACUAAAAACUGAGAUAAUCCCUUUUCCCCUUUCAUUCUGCUACCGAUAAAUGCUUUAAAGAUCUUUGAAUGAAACUGAAAUUUACAGCUAAUUUGCCUUUUGCAAAGCUAUACAUGGAUUUAGAUAGAAAAAGUGUGGGGCAUUUUUUUUAAUCAUAGUGCCGUGUACAAACAUCUGAUAAGCAAAAAAGAGUGCCCACAAAUUUUAUCGUGGUGACAAGAGGACUUACCUUGCAAGUUAACUCUUAUUUUUAAUUAUUAUCAUCAACUACCAUUUAAAAAAAGAUGAUAAUAUAAUAAAAUUGAUCGAUUCAACGCUAUUGUUUUCUAAUCGACCGCCCCUCGUUAGGAAUGCGUGACAGGCCACAGUAAUUGAAUUAUUUUAAGCCACGCAAACGUAUAUCAUGAUAUAUUAUUCAGCUGCUUCUUCCUCGUUAAACAAAAAAAAACAGACCUUAAGGGGAUUCUAAGUGAUGGUUCUUGUUUUUCUGUGGAAAGGAGAGUUAUUUUUCUCCUUAGAAAUAUGAAAUGUAAGGAUUAUGUUUCAUGUCAAGUUGUUGAAACGACGCAUCUAAGGCUAAUUUGCAUACGGAGAGUGAAGUCACGUUCAUCGUCGACAAGAAAAAAACCAAGAAAAAGCGAUUACUAAGCUUUCUCCACAUGUUUUCGAAAGUCCAAUAUUUAAAGGGUCUAAUGACAGUUAGUGAUAACUAGAAACGUUAAAACUGUGGAAAUUAGUCGACCAGAUGCAGACCGUUACAAUUCCAGCUUUGCUGUCAAAAUGGUGAAUUUUGGAACAUUAACGGAACUUUGUACAGCACGCAAAGAGGAGUGCCCACAAAUUUUAUUGCAUUAUGAAGUAGACUGGUCUUAGUACUUCUGUUUUAUCAUAGACUUGAGUCUGGGCCAGGUGCCACUUUUGCGAAAUUACCGUUCAGCUCUAGUUAUGCAAAUUACUUCUCCGAUAGGCAAAUUAAAGGUCAUUUUAAAAAAAUCAUAUCUCAGCCAACUUUCCACAGAAUGUAACCAUUAAACCUUGAAACUAUUAAUCAGAGUUAAAACAUUUGUGUGUAAAAUAAUCAGCUUAUUCGGCUAGGUAAGGUAGGUUUGCAAGAGCCCUAAAGUUUCCUUAAAAUCGCACCACUUCCGACGGCAAACUGGCUAGUUUUAGGUAACCGAGAAAAUCUUUCUGUAAAAUAGAGAAAAAAUUGAGUUGGUCCAAAUAAAUGUGAUAUUUCUUCAUGGGAUAGCAUAGUUAUCUUCCACUGGAAAAAUCAGGGCAAUCCGUGAUAGACCAAAAUUUGCCUUAUCGGUUCUUACGCGGACAGCCUCUUAAGCAGUAGCAGUCUUAUUCUUUUAGUUUUGUAAUGAAAUUUAUAAAAGUCUCGUUUUACAAACGCAGCCAGAGCGAUGGUUACAAAACGUGCACAGUGUAAUGAAAAUGUUAAAAGAAGGUCAUUUUAAUAGAAAAACACCUAUUUUUUCUCAUUUUUCGAAUUGCUAGGACAUUACUCAACGUUUGGUGGAGGCGUGUAACACCGUGGCAGGAUCGUCAUUGGAAAACGCUGCCUGGUUCAGACGUACUUUGGCUGUUAUUCCACAACAGGAGGUCAGUUCUGACCAAUCAAGCAACGUAGAUUCGGAAGUGUCUGAAGUGUCGGAAACCGAGCCCACGGUGACACCUCCUACAGCGCUCAGCAGUAACACAACUAGUAAUACAAGUAGCUAUAGUACCCAGGCUCUGUGCGUAUUGGCCGAGGUGCUCGCUCCAGUGUUGGACAUGGUGUUUGGAAGCGAUGAGAAGGAAAGAAUGACAAGUUUUCUUACAACUGUCAUGUACAAUGUCACGCCUUUUCUGAAAAAUCACAGGUACGUUUAAAAAUCCUUUUUCGAUUCUUUCAGUGACACUUUCAAGGUCAUAUUUUUGCCUUUGAACUAUUAUUGCUAACACAGGAAGAAUAUUAAGAAAACUAAGGUAGAAGUCGUCCCUCCAUUUUUUUUUCUUUUAGUGUGGUGAAAAAAAAUUAAACAUUAAACAACUACGGAUGUGAAAAUGAAAUGAAGAAAAAACUACCGUAGUUCUGUGUCAAAUGCUUCUGCAAUGAAACAUACUUAAAAAUCACACUUGGCUUCGAGACUUCAGGGAUUAAAACAAUGAAAUCAUAUUCAGGUUCAGCAAUAAACAAUUCCUUUGUUUUGUUUCAUGCUUAUAAGUAGCCUUUAUUUUUAUUAUAUUUUUAGUCCACACAACGUACCGAGCUUUCGCGCCUGUUGCAGCCUCCUGGCCUCUCUAAGUGGUUACCAGUACACUCGCCGCGCUUGGAAGAAAGACGUCAUGGAACUGUUACUGGAUCCGAGUUUCUUUCAAAUGGAUAUCUCAUGCAUCGGAAGUUGGCGAACGAUCAUCGACAAUCUGAUGACACAAGACAACACGUCGUUUAAAGAGCUCAUGACGCGCGUUGCUGGCCUUAGUCAGAGUGCUUCUAUUAACAUCUUUGCUAAUAGGGAACAGGUAAGGUUCUUUGAAAACUUUGUUAGAAUUCAGUCAAUACUGACCAAUGGGGCCUUGAUUCCAGGGGCCCGUUUCUCGAAUGGCCCGGUAACUUUUCGAGCCCGAAAUCAAAUAUUCAAAUCGAAAUAUAAAGAAUUACGGCGCUUCGACCUUGUCCUCGCAGCUUGCUAAGCCCGCCACACGAGAUAGAGAGCUUUAUCCCACGCUAAAAACUGGUCCACUCAUGAUCCUAGCUAGUUCCGUUUAUCUAGUUUAUUAGUUGGAAUGAUUUUUUUAACAUCAAAUGCAUUAUUUUUGUUAGGAAAUGGAGCAGCGUGCUCAGCACCUGAAGAAGCUUUCGUUCACAAUAUUCUGCAGUGAGGUGGAUCAGUAUCAGUAUUGUCUUCCAGAAAUACAAGAACGCCUGGCUGAAAGUUUGAGGCUACCCCAGUCUCCAGUCGUCCACGAGCAGAUCUUCCUCUUCUUUAGGGUCCUGAUACUGCGCAUCUCUGCUCAGCACCUGACGCCCCUAUGGCCGACGAUAUUUUCUGAAGUCGUUCACGUGUUGCUGCAGAUGGAGAGCGACAUAAGCUCCGAUGCUAAAUCACAGAAGCAGCGAAUGCAGAUUUCGGAAUUGCUGCUCGGUACAAAUGGAUACGUAUCCUACAAUCAAGAAAAAUGGUUGCGACUAUACCUUGCCGUUUGCAAACUUCUCGAUCUUUCCCAAGCGCUGCCUAGCGAUUAUCUAUCCCAGUUCCAGUUAUAUCGCUGGGCGUUUGAAGGAGAGGCAUAUAAUAUGACCGCAGGGGAAGAGAAAGUGCCGGUCUUUAAACCUCACAUAGCUCGCUUGGAAAAAUUACUGAGGAAGAAAAGGAAAGAUCAAACUGCUAUCGAGGAGAUUCAUAGUGUUCCGGGGCAGCCAUUGCUCACAAUGUACCAGAUCAAGUCCUUGGAUCAACUUCUGCCGUUUUUUCAAUGUUUGUCAAAAAAAAUGUUUGCAAACUGCGCUAACACUCAAGACCAAAACAUUAGUAAAAGCUCGCGUGGUAAAAACUUGUUGGAGAGAGUUGUGGAAAGAGAUUUCCUUGAGCCUCUCGUCAUUGAUUAGAUUAGUAAAGCCAUGCAGUACCAAUAUCCUACUUCCGAGGUGCCUCUUAUCUUAGUUUUAAAACAAGGCUAAUUGUAAUACGAAAAUAGCAUUUUUUUACUACUUUCAUUCAGUUUUCAUAUGGAAGGUUUUUUGCACUCAUCCGCGAAUCACUUCGUUUACUUUAGUACCAAUUUACAGGACGGAGGGAAAGUUAAUAAGCAAAACUUGAUAAGAUCUUAGCCUGACUGUGGACGCUUCUUGUAUUGGCCAUUGCAACGUUGCGCAGGAUUCUGGGUCCAAAUACGUCCCAAAAAAGAGUCCCCAUAUUAAGACUUAUCGCAACACGGCCAGUGUUUUAUUUUAAGGGGUUUAUUUUAAAAAUUACUGUUACAUAAAAGGCCAAACCGCUGAAGCCAAAUGUGGUUAGAGUGAAUUUUGAGUCUUCUUCUUUCUUUUUGCUUUCAUUUUAAUGUGAGUUUUUGCUUUUUGAAACAGCUAUUUAAAUAGGCUCAGCAUAUUACUUCAAAAAGUAGUGUUUGUUAUUGCUCGUGUCGUUCUUGAGCAUUUUAUUUAUUGACAAUGCGACUGAAAUUCGAAAAUUUUAAACUGAGAGUUUCUGAUGAAGCAAACGACUGGUAAUGCAGUAAGUAGCAGCAAUAAUACCCUCUUGAGGCCACCAAUGUAACAUUGUUAUUGGAUCGUAUAUUAUUAAGUAAAGAACAUUUUGAAUAUUAUAAGGAUAGUUGUAAACCAUUCGACGAACGGAGAUACAUUGUAUGUGGAAACGCAUUAAGUUGCGAAGAAUAAAAUUAUACCAUGC